AUGGAAGAUUACACUGUGGCAUGGAUCGCGCCAUUGGCCAUAGAAUCAGCCGCUGCUCUACAGCUACUAGAUGAACAACACGGGGCAACAGCCCGCAAAUUUGGCCAAACAUUGGUCUACCACUUCGGUCGCAUAGGAGGCCACAUCGUUGCUAUUGCAUCCUUUCCUGUCGGCGAGUGUGGAAUUGGAGUCGCGGGCACCGUGGCAGCCGAAAUGAAACGCGAUCUUCCCAAUCUAGAGAUUGGUUUGCUCGUUGGUGUUGGGUCCGGUAUUCCAUCACUUUAG